AUGACGCAUGCCCCCCUCCGUACGAAUGCCAUCAAAAAAGUAGUCGCGAAGUUAUUCAGCUGGGUUAUGUUGUCGCAUAGAUGGGAAAGUACGGAGCCGCUGCUACAUGAUAUUCAGGAUAAGGUCGUGUAUGAUUUGGACCCAGUCGGAACUGUUGUGAAGUUGCAGAUGUUCUGCAAAGUCGCUCGAGAUGCUGGGCAUCGCUGGGCGUGGAGCGAUACAUGCUGCAUCGACCAGAAUAACAAUUUUGAGUCCGGCGCACUCGCAAACAGCGCUUGGAACACGCGAGGGUGGACUAUCCAGGAGUUUUUGGCUUCUAUAGUCGUCCUUUUCUACCAAGCAGAUUGGUCACUGUAUCUCGAUGACCAUUCUCCCAACCACAAGGAGUCUGUCGCUAUCAUGCAGGAGUUAGAAUAUUCGACAGGCAUACAUGCACAGGCGCUCAUUGCUUUCCAUCCGGGCAUGACAGAUGCACGAGAGAAACUGCAGUGGGCGUCAACACGCACUGCAGAAAACCGCAGAUUACGUCUGGAACGCAUCUGGCACGAAUCUAGACAUUCGCACCACAUUCGUCGCACAUUUUACUCACAUCAUAGCAACGCUAAAACUUCAUACUAA